AUGACAAUGUACAGGAAAGCACUGCUCGUCUGGCUAUUGGUGUACGGGAUAAUGCGCUGCACUGUCCACUCCUCACCUACGGCACUCAAGUACCCAGCACUUAGGCUUGAAGAUGAAGUAUAUGAUGAGGACGGCAACACUCUACCAGACUUUGCUUUUGAUAACAAUCCGAUUGGCAUCGCAAAUCCAGCGUCGGUCUUUGACGAUAUGUACUCAUUUUAUUACCCAGCGGAAAAGAGUGCAGUGAGUAGCAGCCUGGAAGAUGACUCGGAACCCCUAUCAAAACGGCACUCAGAUGGCAUCUUCACUGACAGCUACAGCCGCUACAGAAAACAAAUGGCUGUCAAGAAAUACUUGGCAGCAGUCCUGGGGAAAAGGUAUAAACAAAGAAUUAAAAAUAAAGGACGGCGAGUAGCAUACUUGUAG